CGGGGACGACGACGCGUACCAGAACAACGCGCUCCGUGAUCAUGUGUAGUCGCCACUCCACCUGAUGAACAACUUAUAAAUCUCCAAGACGCGCUACAAGCAAGUCCACAAAGCCCUCCAUCGGAGUCAUCUCUGUACCCCCAAGCUAUUGAGCUCGACGACCGCCAGGUUCUUCCUCCCCUUCUUCUCCUCUCGCGUGUCUCCAUCUCCUGCUCGCCGCGCACGCAGCGUCGUCCGUUGCCCGAGCAGCCGAGAGUCAGCAGCCAUGGAGGCAGCCGCGGUCUCCUCCGCCAGCACGUCCUUCUCUCCCAGCACGCCGUCCACGCGCCAGAGCGCGCCGGCAGCGGCGGCGAGCCGCGUGGGAGGCAGAGGCAGGAGCGUCUACCGCCUGCCGGCGCGCGUCGCCCGGGCGGUGCUCCGGGGCGUCCUCACCUUCGUCUUCGCGGCGGUGGGCAUGGUCCUCGGCGCCGUCACCGGCGCGCUGAUCGGGCUCGCCACGGAGAGCGGCCUGGUGCGCGGCGCCGGCAUCGGGGCCAUCUCCGGCGCCGUCGUGUCCAUGGAGGUCGUCGACUCCUCCGUCGCCAUCUGGCGUUCCCACGACUCGGGGAUCUGGAGCGUCCUCUACGUGCUUGACGUGAUCUGGAGCCUCCUGACCGGGCGCCUCGUCCGUGAGAAGGUUGACCCCGCCGUGCAGAGCGCCGUCGACAGCCAGAUGAACGCCGUGGACUCACCGUUCAGGGAGAUUGCGCCAACAUUGGCGGACGUGUUCGAGACGGGCGCCGCCGGCGCCAAGGGCAUGCCGGCCGACGCCAUCGAGGCGCUCCCCGUCACGACCUUCACCGAGCACACCGCCCUGGACGCCGACACCGGCGACCGGGUCGGCUGCUCCGUCUGCCUCCAGGACUUCGAGGCCGGCGAGACGGCGCGGAGCUUGCCGGAGUGCGGGCACACGUUCCACCUGCCGUGCAUCGACGCCUGGCUGCUCCGGCACGCGUCCUGCCCGCUGUGCCGCCGCGCGCUCUAGGCCGUUUGUUGCGCGCGAGCAGAGCACACGUCUGCACCAGGGCACGCGGUGGACAUAGGUUUGCUUUGCUCGGGAUGGCAUCUGCACCUGCGUUCUUUUUGUUCCUACUCAUUCAUUUCUUCGUCGUUUUGACGAUGUACACAUACUUAGUUCAUCGUGGCUGGUACAUAUAUUAUGAUAUAACGCCAUGGCUGUAAAUAUGUAUAGAGGUUACUGUUGUAAAUAAUCCGUGUAGCAUUGACCAUAUAUUGAGAUUCUUUUUGACAUUGUUUU